CGCCUGCCUUGUCCCAAACAACAAGCAACUCACUCUCACUCGCCUUCCGCUGCCUGCCUGCCCAUUACGGGGCGCCGUGAUCCCCUUCCCCCCCAGCAAAAGCGACUUCCACCCAACAACCCCCAUCAACCAUUUCCCAUCCCCAUCUCCAUCGCCAUCCCCAUCCCCAUCACCCACGGCGACACUCGUGGACAACGGAUGUCGGCCGCUGCAUCCCCUUCUUCUUAUGUCCCUCGACGUCCUUCGUGAUGCGUACAUACGGGAGAAAAAGAACGAGAUCGCGGCCUGCGAUCUCUCGCGCAAGCGCAAGUUGCGCGAGCUGUACUGCGUCAAUGUGCUGGUAGCGCGCGGGUUGCCGCCCCAGCCCGGCGAGUGGUCCUGUAGUGAGGAGCCGGGGACGCCUGAGAGGAGCUUCUUGGAUGCGAAUGAUGUUUCUAGAGGGCUGCGCUUUGACGAGUCCACUCUACCAUACCCCACUGUUCAACCUGCUUUACCUUCGACUCUGCCUUUUCAGUCGCCUGCAAAACACCAUGUUUCGUCACCCAUCUCCAAGUCUCUACCACCACCUUCCGUUCAUGUGCCCGUUAGCCUGGAGGACCAACUAAGAGCUGCUUCCGCCUCGCCGUCCGUGGCAAAUCCAUCAUCUCCUGUUGUCUUCCCAACUGGAGUCCACCAGGAUGCGACACCUGUUCCUGCCGCACCAUCGGAAUCUUCACCGAUCCGCCCAGAAGAGGCCGAACCGGAAGCUUCGCGCUCCCACCUGGAAGGGCGACCCGUUACGGAUGUCCCGCUCCCGUCACCCGCUGUCGGUGCUUCUCUCUCCCAGGCGUCUCAAUCCACCGCAAAGGCCGCCGAAGUAGAGGUGUCUCCCGAUGGCCCAUCCGCUGAUCCUAAGUUGGUGGUACCGCCGUCAGCUGAAGACAAUGAUGCGCUAGCCGAGCAACAUUUGUUGAAAGAAGCUGGAUUAGCGAGGCCGGCCAAUGUUGUCCAUUUGCCACCGCAGGACGUGCAGGAAGCCCGGUUGAAAGAGACGGAGAAGCACCUGGCGCAGGCAAGAGAGCAAGACGAGAGGAGGAAGGAGAAGCUCACGAUCCCUACCACGAACGCACACGCAGAUGUCGUUUCGUCGCCAUCGUCCACAGUUGGGCCCUAUUCGCAGGCCACCCCUCAUGCUGCUCAGCAUUCCCCAGAUACCAGCCCGGAUAGGGAAUCCUUCAAGGAUCGCACUGAUGCCAUGGAAUUGGAUCCGGCGGCUCGACAGGCCAAGGAAGAGCACGAGCGUGCCUUGCAGAAGGAGAUGCAGGAAGCCAGAGAGCGAGCAAGGGGGGACAGGUCGAUUACGCCCGAGGUGGAGCGUCAGUUGCAGCAGGAAGAAGCAAUUCGACUUGCCAGAGAUGGAAAGUCACGCUUGGACGACUCUGCGGGACUGCCUCAUUCUCUGACCGAGCAUGCGGAAGAGGUCGUAGACCAAGUGUCGACGGAGGCCCCUGACGCCUCCGAAGAUAGGGCCCCACAGGGGCCGUCUACGGAUUCGUUGCCUACGCCCGCUACCGUUGCGGCGGAGACUUCACCUUUGGAACAGGAAACUGGCAGAGAACGAGUGCCAAUCUCCACGAGGACGGAUCAUCCAACUCCACCUGCAGAUGUGGACGUUGAAAUGGGCGAUGCGGCGUUACCAUCUCAGGAGGAUGGCGUCACCUCGUCGAAGCCUGAAUAUGCGCCGCAAGAACACAUUUCCAAGGAAGGACCACAGGAGCCAUCUGUUCCAGAACCGAACACCGCGAUGGGGGAAGAAACAACAACACGGAAGCCCAUGCUUACGCCCGGAUCCAGUAGGCUAUCAGCCCCCUCGGAGAGUCCGUCUCGGUCACGACCCCGGAAGAAGAAGCGUAAAGAGAUCUCCACGGUAGUCUUCGCGAAACCGGAUCCCCAGAAGUCCAUGAAAGCUCUCCAGCUGCACAACGCCGAAUAUGCAGCUCUUCAGGGUGCCACCGAUGACCCGAGUCGAGACUACCUCUACUCGCUAUUCAAGUAUCAGGCGCAAAACCCCCCGCGUUCACGCACCCUUGUCGAGCUUGUUGCGUCGGCCAGCAAAACGGUUUCGACUGCGGGUGUUCUGGCCAUGUUGCGUGAGUCCUCGGAUUACAAGAUCCUGAAGAGGGUGUAUCAAUUGCAAAAUGCGAAUCGCUGGUCCUUGCGUCAGAUGCAGAAGUCCGCCGAGCCUCCCCGCCCCACGUCGCACCUAGAUCAUCUGCUCAGGGAGAUGAAAUGGAUGCAGACGGAUUUCAAAGAGGAACGCAAGUGGAAGAGAUCGCUGGCUGCCACGUUUGCCCACUGGUGCGCUGAGUAUGUGAAUAGCAGUGCUGAAGACCGUGCUUCUUUGCGUAUCAGGGCGCGUGUUCCGAACCCGUCCGAAAGAUCAAACUCAGACACGGAUAUGAACGAUGCGCCAACCCCUGACCUGGUCCAUUCGGGAGCAAACGAGACUGAGAGUGAGUCAUUUGCUGAUGAUGAAGAACUGCUUGCCAAGGUCAUCUCCAACGCCCCUGCUGGUUUAUUCUCACUAGGCUCCGACGACGUGGUGAUGAAAAUCGAUCGAACGCCGGCGAGCGAUUCGAUGCUUAUGGAGCUACCGAUGUACGAGCCAAACCUCGAAGCUGGCAACGACGUCACGCCGGUUUCGUUUUGCGAUCCACCCAUCCUUCCAGUAUCGAAGUUCAUCACCGGAAAACUAGUGUCCAAGAUAAGAGGUCCGCCAAGGAAGCGAAGCCGAUACGAGUACGAUUCGGAGGAUGAGCCCUCGAGUCCGCCUAGCAGAGCAGGUACUUCUGCGGAGCAUUCCAUGCCAUCUACCCCUGGUAGAAGGCUGUUCCAUCGCAAUGAUUUGCCUCCAGAGAUGACCGAUGUGGCAUUGUUCAACCCUGAUAACAAGCACAUUCGAGACCGACUUCACGCCGCGCACCAGUUCAAGCCCCCGACCGAGUUCCAGAUGCCCUCUGUUAGCUUCUUCGAGAAUCGUACCUCGUCGCAAUGGUUGUGGGAAGAGGACCAGAAGUUGCGUGGUCUGGUGAGGGAUUAUACGUUCAACUGGUCUUUGGUGGCACAGCAGCUUUCGUCGCCAUCCAUGUUCGUUUCCGGCGCCUGUCGUCGGACGCCUUGGGAGUGUUUCGAGCGUUGGGUUCAGUUGGAAGGACUACCCGGAGACAUGGCUAAGACCCCGUAUUUCAGGACGUACCAAAACCGUCUGGAGCAAGCGCAGCGGACCGUCUUGGCGCAACAUCAAGCCCAGCAGCAGUUACUGCAGCAACAAGGCCAGCAAGGGCAGAAUUUGGCCGCACAGGUACGCAGGCGGACCAACCAGCCCAUUAGGGUGGAGCGGAGAAGAGACAACCGGUACCUCGCUAUCAUUGAUGGCAUGAAGAAAUUGGCCAAGAGGCGUGAGCAGAUGGCCCAGAAGCAAGCCGACGCCGCAAAAGCCGCCGCUCUAAGGAGAGCAGCUGAGCCUGCACAAGUAAAGACCACUGUUCACACGCCCCAGGAAAUAAGCAGACUGAAGUGGGAGAAGGAGGAGAAGCGGAACCAGCAGAUUCUGCAGAUGAAGGCUCAAGCUGCACGUGCUAAUCUGGCCAAUAUGCCCGGCCAGCCUGGGGCGGUGAACGCAAUGAUGGCGACACAACGGAAUGGCACUCCUAUGGGUAAUGCUCAGAUGGCUCAGCAAGCUCAGAUGGCCAUGGCAGCCCAGCAUGCAGGCCUUACGGCAGCCAGCGCCAACAUGACUCCUCGGCCGCUUCCUGGACAGCAAGGCAUGGCAGCAAACUUCCCCAACCCAAGCAUGAAUGGAAUGCCAAUGAACAAUGCAGGCGUGCCCCAGGCGCAAAUGCAUGCCUCGAUGCAGAAUAACCAGCGGAUGGGACCUCCAGACCAGAUGCGGAUCGCGAUGCAACGCGGCCAGUUCCCCGUGAACAACCAACACCAGUUCCAGCUCCAACAACAACAGCUGAACAUGGCUAAUAACCUGGCGGCGAAUAUGAAUAUGGGCAAUGGGAUGCACAGCGCAAACAUGAUGGCUUCCAUGGCUAACCAGGGCGUGAACGGCAACAUGAAUGCGUCGAUGAAUGGCGUAUCGAACAACGCGGGCUCGCCGCGGAUGAACCAGGUAGGCUCGCAGAUGCAAAGCCCUGGCCGUCCGCACAUACCGCAACUUAUCCAGAUCCAAAACACGCUCAAGGCGCAGAACCCGGAUUGGCCUCCUGAGCAGGUGCAACGAGCUGCUUCAGAGCAUCUUCAUAGAUUCAUGGCUAAGCAACGCGUGCAGGCCAUGAACGCAGCGGCGGGAGCUGCUUCCAAUCUUGCCUCGUCGCCACAAAUUGGGAACAAUGUCUAUCUGCAAAACCCGAACAUGCAGAAUUCGCCAUCACCGAACCCGGUUCAAAGCUACCAACAACAGCUCCAGCAGCGCAUGAUGAGCCAGAGACAACAGGUUGGGAGUCCCGCCAUGAAUGGUCGUCCAGCCAGCCGAAGCGCAACACCCCAGAACCCGCAAGGAGGAGGAAUGCAGAGUCCGGGCGCUGGUGGUACUGGUCCAGCGGGCCUAGGUGGUGCCACAGGGGUUGGUAAUCCCGCUGGUGUUGGUAGUCCCGUUGGUGGCCCUGGGACUCCCGGUACUGCUGGCGCUUCUAUGCAGACACGUCCCUGAAUGAAAGGGCACGACAUGAAUGAGAUGAAGUCAGGAAUUCCUUCGUCACUGUGCAAUUCCAUGAAGCCACACCUGUAUUGAAUUGUAUAUGUAUUUUAAUGAUUGGAUGUGCUCCUUGCGAAGGUGGAGCUAGGGAGCAGUCAUGGGGCUUCAACAGGUUCGAGAUGUCUACCGUCACAAAUGGAAAGGGGGAGCAUGCGGGCGGUGAGCGGCGUCUAGGCGUCGGGGUCUGUCAAGGGAUUUGUGUGAGUUGGGUGGAGUUUAGCUGCUACCAUAGAUCAACCGAUGGUGCAAACCCCCUUUGUGACAGGCACGAGGGUGUACUCCUAGGAGCAACACUUGCAUGGAUCUAUCCAACUCGUUCGCCUUUCAUAUAUGCA